GUGCAGACCGUCACCGGACAGGACUGUGGGGAAAGCAGAGACAGAUAGAAUUUUCCUCCUUGACUGGGCAGUGGGCGGAGGUGGUGGACGGUGUUUAGGAAGGAUAGCCGUGACUGUGAAGCUGGAGGGGGGGAACCACCUGGAGCUCCGCGUGCUGCUGCUGCCGUAACCCCACACAGCAUCAACAUGGAACUGGAGAACAUCGUGGCCAACACUGUGCUGCUCAAAGCUCGGGAAGGAGGCGGUGGGAACCGGAAAGGAAAAAGCAAGAAAUGGAAGCAGAUGCUGCAGUUCCCACACAUAAGUCUAUGUGAGGAGCUGCGACAGAGCACAGAGAAGGACUACAGCAGCCUGUGCGAGCGGCAGCCCAUUGGACGGUUACUGUUCAGACAGUUCUGCGAGACCCGACCCGAGCUGAGACGCUGUGUGAAGUUCCUGGAUGCUGUGGCGGAGUAUGAGGUGACUCCAGACGAGAAGAGGAAGGAGUGUGGUCAGGAACUCGUCGACAAAUACUUCAACCCAAAGUCGGAGGACCACGUGUCUGAGGUGGAGGAGGCCAUGACGGCUCAGUGUGCCGACAGGCUGCAGCAUGAGACCUGCAAAGAGCUCUUCAAAGACUGUACCAAAUUGAUCCACGACUACCUGAGUGUGGCACCCUUCGCAGACUACCUCGACAGCAUGUACUACAACAGGUUCCUACAGUGGAAAUGGCUGGAGAGGCAGCCGGUGACCAAGAACACAUUCAGACAGUACAGAGUUUUAGGAAAAGGUGGCUUUGGAGAGGUAUGUGCGUGUCAGGUACGGGCCACGGGGAAAAUGUACGCCUGCAAAAAGCUGGAGAAGAAGAGGAUAAAGAAGAGGAAGGGAGAGUCCAUGGCACUUAAUGAGAAACAGAUCCUGGAGAAAGUCAACAGCAGAUUUGUUGUGAGUUUAGCGUACGCCUAUGAGACGAAGGACGCUCUGUGUCUCGUACUGACCCUCAUGAACGGUGGAGACCUGAAGUUUCACAUCUAUCACAUGGGUGAGGCGGGUUUUGAUGAGACGAGAGCCAUCUUCUACGCUGCAGAGAUCUGCUGUGGUCUGGAGGACCUGCACCGGGAGCGGAUUGUCUACAGGGACCUAAAGCCUGAAAACAUCCUGCUGGACGACCACGGCCACAUCAGGAUAUCAGACCUGGGACUGGCGGUCCAUGUCCCGGAGGGACAGACCAUCAAGGGUCGGGUGGGAACUGUUGGAUACAUGGCUCCAGAGGUGGUGAAAAACGAACGCUACACCUUCAGCCCUGACUGGUGGGCGCUGGGCUGCCUCCUGUACGAGAUGAUCGAGGGCCAGUCGCCUUUCCAGCAGAGGAAGAAGAAGAUCAAGAGGGAGGAAGUGGAGCGGCUGGUGAUGGAGGUGGAGGAGCAAUAUUCCAGCAAGUUCUCUGAAGACGCCAAGUCAGUCUGUAAAAUGCUGCUGGCCAAAGAUCCUGCAGAGAGGCUCGGCUGCCAGGGGGGCGGAGCUUCUGAGGUCAAAGGUCAUGCCAUCUUUCGCUCAAUCAACUUCAAACGGCUGGAAGCCGGCAUGCUACAGGCGCCCUUCAUUCCUGAUCCUCAGGCCAUCUACUGUAAAGACGUUCUGGACAUCGAGCAGUUCUCCACAGUGAAAGGAGUGGAGUUGGAACCGAAAGAUGAGUCUUUCUACAGCAAAGUUUCCACGGGCAGCGUCCCCAUUCCCUGGCAGAACGAGAUGAUUGAGACGGAGUGUUUCGCAGAGCUGAAUGUUUUCCACCAGGACGGUGCCGUUUCUCCUGACCUGGACUGGAGAGGGCAGCCAUCUCCUCCACCCAAACAGGGGCUGCUGCAGCGGCUCUUCGGCAGACAGGACUGCUGUGGUAACUGCAGCGACAGCGACGAGGAGCCCACCAGGCUGUGACACACUCCUGCUCACACACACACGAUCUCUUGUUUACAACUUUUGCACAUUUGUAUUUUUAAGGUAGUACUAUCUCUAAAUGUCAGAAUGUAUAUUUUCAGCAUAGCCAUAAAGUUUAUUGUUAUUUAAAACAUGUGCAAAUGCCUUUGAUGCGUUUAAAACUUGGGACAGAAACAGACUUUGUUCUUUUGCUUUUUGUCCACUCACACACUGAACUGGGAGCCCGUGCUGAGCGGCUCCACUGGAACAAACGCCUGCUGUAAAAGUGGCUUGCUCGAGGGCACUGCGGCAGUGUUUACUAAGGGAGGCCUGAACAUUCCUCAUCCUCAUCCAGGAAAAGCAGGGACUGAACUGUGACCACUCCCCUUCACCCGCCCUUUGCGCAGCUUCCAACAACCUCUUCUCUUUUCAUUCUGUUUGACAUCAUGAGUUUGAAUUUUUCACAUCAAAAAACAGAAAAUUUG